GCGAUCAGCACUGCAGAUGAACAAAUAGAAAAAAUGAUAAAUGUGCCUGGAGGCACAGAUCCAGAGGAACGUGAACAGGCAGCUGAGGAGGGCGCACCAACAAAAGCCAAAUCAAGUUCGAGAGGAAAGAAACACAAGUCCUCUACGAAGAAAGAUGUAACAUCAAAGGCUGGCAAAGCGGGGGAAGCUGGUUCGUCCAUUGUUGAAAAAGUAGAAGCCGACAAAAUAGAAAGUGAAUCACCUUGUAAGAAGCCAAAAGUCGAGGUCACUGAUGAAUUGAAUGAGGAAACGUUGCAGCUUCAUAAGAUUAACGAGGAGCUACUAUGUUUGGAUGAUUCUUUGAUCAAAAUACUUGCUUACCAACGGUUGCAACAAAUACUGGCUCAAAGCAGCGAAGUGUUACAAAAACCAUCAUCCGAAUUUUCGGCAAGGACUAUCCGCGAAUUAAUGAAAUCAGAGAAACCGGCAAAGUCAACUCCUCUGCCUAGUCAGUUGUUGACAAAAGAUGAUAUUGAGCGUAUAGCAAGAGAAUUUACGAGUCCAAGAAGAGACUACAACGCAGCAGAGACCGUCAAUGCUGCUGGAGUUGUUUCCCCGACCAAGGUAGAGCCAAAGGAAGAGAAGAAAUCGCAGAAGGAACCGGAAACAAACGAACAGAAAAUAUUCCUGAUGGCUCAAAAUCUGGAAAAACACGUUAAUAACAUCGAUAUUCGUGUCCGCGCUGUAGUAACUCCAGUGGAUGUCAAUUUACCUGGCUGCAGCUGGUUUGAAACGCUGGAUCUGUCACGUUCCGUCUUCAUGCGAUAUCGCUCCCUGUCGAUUGGAAGCGGACCAGGCAACGAUCUACAACUUUCGAAGUUUGGUUCCUGCCGAUUUGUUUCAGAUAAACACGCUACUAUAUUCUAUGACGAGGUAACAAAAAUGUUCGAGUUAUUAAACUAUUCAGAAUUUGGAACCGUAGUAAACGGUCAACUGUUCACGUGUGACUUUACUGACCACUCGCUUGAUGUAAAGCCUGAACCUGAUAGUGGCCAUCAUUCUUCGAAAAAAUCGAAGAAAGAUGAACAUGACGAUAUCAACAAGGACAAAAGGAUGGACAAACAAAAAAUCCGCCAGGAUAUUAUAAAUCUGAUUGACAUGUCGCGGCAGUGCAAACGAAGAAAUUACGAUUUUCUCUCAUCCACAAGCAUGGCAGAUAUAUCGCAGACUGGGUGCGAUUGCACCAAUCCAAAUCCGAAAAUUUCAGGAUGGGAGGGCACAGCCAUUCUUUACCAAGGAGCUGUUUUAAAGUUUGGAUGCUUAUCAGUUGUUUUCACCAUCACUAACUAUGAUAACAAUACAGAAGAAUUUGACGACACAGACGGAUCGUCAGAGGACGAUGAAGGAGAAGAAAAAUAGAAAUAAGAUUAUCUCACAUGUUUUUUUUUGUAUUCAACAACAUAUUUAGUAUCUAGUUCUAAUGUAUUUUUGUAUAUUGUUAACAGUAAUAACUUUGAGCGUUUCCUAACGUUGCUUCUCAUCCCAUUUAAUAACAUUAUCUUCGUAUUAGAUAUUUUUUUGUACUUUAUUAAUAAUACUGUUUUAAUUGCAUUUUUUUUAAAGUGCAAAUAAAUAGAGGAUGUUUUCGCAGAUGAACAAAGUUAGGUGACGUAUUUUUGGCUUUUUGCGGUUAAGUGA